AUGGCUCUAUCUCGAGCGCCGAGUAUUGUCAUUACUCUAGCCCUGUUGGCCCAACUUAUCACAUGCAGCCCAAUUGAUCUUGCUGAUUUUGGCAUUCAAGCUCAGAAGCGGAUCGAUACCGGCUUGGUGGGAUAUCUGGGUGCCUUCUUCCUUGGGGCGGAUCCCUAUGUCUAUUUUCAUCUCAGCAAUGGGAAUAAUGGCAUCUCCUUCAAGUCUUUGAACAAGGGCCAGCCGGUCAUUAAGCCAACUAAAGGAACAGGAGGCGUGAGGGAUCCUGCAAUAGUUCAAGGAGGUGGAUUUGAGGCUGGGAAGAAAUGGUACAUCGUUGGGACAGACUUGAAUAUUGGCAAGACAAACUGGGACGCCGCGCAACGUACAGGUUCCCGCGGAAUUUUCGUAUGGGAGAGUACUGAUCUAGUUAACUGGAACAAUGAAAGGCUUGUCACCGUGGAAGAAUCUACUGCGGGAAUGGUUUGGGCACCUGAAGCGAUCUGGGAUCCUUCAAAAAAUCAGUACUUCGUUCACUGGGCGUCUAAGUUUUAUUCAUCCUCAGACACCAAGCACACGGGGACUCCAUCAAACAUCCGGAUCAGAUAUGCGUAUACAAGUGACUUUAAAACUUUCACAGCACCACAAACGUACAUCAAUUACUCGCCCACGAACAUUAUAGAUCUUGAUAUUCUUCCUUUAGACACCAGCAACACCAACUAUCUCCGGUUCAUGAAAGACGAGACUGCCAAAACAGUUUUUCUGGAGUAUUCAAACUCCGGUUUGUUUGGCUCGUGGACCAGGGCUGGGGGCAGUUCUGGAAUAAUCACGUCAGGUGUGGAAGGUCCAGCUGCGUACCGUGACAACCAGGUCGACAACAAGGUCCAUGUUCUACUCGACUUCUACGGCAGUGAUGGCUAUAGGCCUUACGAGAGCACCAACCCCAAGGGCAAUACGUGGACAGCUAGUAGUCGAUCCGCAUUUCCGGCCAAUCUGAGACAUGGUAGCGUCCUGCCCAUCAACCAGACUCUGUAUGAUGCUGUCAAUAAGAAAUGGGGGUCAUGA